AUGUUCAGAUAUGUAUCGGUACAGCAGACUCGAAACACCCCAGAUAGCACACCUCUGGGCCUCGACACACCGCCCACUGUCACGGAACUACCUGAUCUUCUAUACGAAGACAAAUACCACACGACGCAAGAUCUCCAUGCGAUAUACUCAAACAUAGAACCAUUCAUCCCGGAUCACCCGUGGGAAGUUGAACCUGACGACGAUUCUAGUGGAUAUAGUUAUAACCCACGAAAGCGGCCGGCGUUUCACGCAUCCGAGGAUUUCGACGGAUCAGAAAACGACGCCCAAGAUGAACUUGAGCUUUCGAGGCCACCCAGCAAAAAAACACCCGAAAAACCCUUUGCCUGUCCAUAUUACAAAAAUAAUCCUCUCGUCAAUUCGCAAUGCUCGCAAUUUCGGGAUCGAACACUUAGCCAAGUCAAGAAGCAUAUUCUGGUUAUUCACAUUAAACCCCUUCGGUGCGGCCGUUGCAAGAUAUUCAAGGCCGGUAACUAUGAGCAAGUUACGAACCAUCUAAGAUACGAUGACUGCAAAAAGGGGGAGGCUCUUGAUACAUACGAGCAAGAUGUAGUCCAAGGAAAGACAGAUAAGAUAGAAUCGGCCGCCACUUGGCAGGAGAUUUAUGCUAUUUUGUUUUCUUUUAAUAUACCAAGUCCUUUUUGGAAAGAGGAAAUAGAAGUCCUAAUGGCCCCUAUCGAAAAGGGUGAACUUCUGUUUACUCUACGUCUCUUCGCCGCGGAUCACUGUAAUAAACGAGCCUACCAACAAGGUUUAGCAGAACAUCUUCGAACACGCCUAUUCAAAUAUCAACCAGAGUCCGAAGGGCAGAUAGACAACCUGCUGGUCGAGUACGAUCAAUAUUGGAUAACCAAGGCAUUUGAGGUUGAGCCAUCCUUGACGGCAGAAUCUAAAUACAACCCGGACAUUACCAUCAAGGUUCGAUCUUUUCCGAUUCAGUCACACUCUAGCUAA